CCCCCCAUCACCCCUCCUUCUCAACAUCCCCCAAGCGCGCAUGCGCACUUAGGUGGCAAGAGGGUACUUAAGGCACGGCCACCGGGGCUGCGGCAUUGCGCCCAGCAGCGGACUCCGAGACCAGUAGACCUCGGCGAACCCUUGCUCUCGACCACCCACCCACUUUCGGAACCAUGGCCGCAGUGGCAGCAGCCUCGGCAGAACUGCUCAUCAUCGGCUGGUACAUCUUCCGCGUGCUGCUGCAGACCCUGUCCCCAGUGCGCCCGCGCCCAGCCGGGAACAAAGACUCAGGGGUGCGGCGGUCGCCCGCUGCGGACGAUCGCGACCAACGCGGUGUUCCUGGAAUGCUGCAUUUACUGGGUAGGAUUCGCUUUUCGAAAUCCUCCAGGGACACAGCCCAUUGCGAGAAGUGUUCAGGUACUCCCUGCAGAAGCUGGCGCACACGGUGUCCCGGACCGGGCGGCAGGUGCUGGGGGAGCGCAGGCAGCGAGCCCCCAACUGAGGCCCCAGCUCCCAGCCCUGGGCGGCCGUGUCAUCAGGUGCUCCUGUGCUUCUCGACCAGCAUGGGAGCCAGUGCCGCGCAGGAAUGGGGGGUCCCCUGUGUUCCCUCGUCAGAGGAGCACUUGCCAAGGUCAGUGAGGGGCCGGUAGGCCCCCAGAAAAGCAGCACCGACAAUGAUGAAGAUAUCAGUUCCCUUCCCAGCCCCUUUGCCCCUGUCCCACUACCGGCGGGUGGGAGAGGAGGGGGGAAGAGGGGAGCAACCCUCGAGAUAUGGGCGUAGGCACCACAUUCUGAUCUGGACCAAGUCGGAACAGUACCAUCUCAGCCGCACAAGAUCCUACCAUGAAGAUCGAACAGCCCAUCAACCAGCAGAAUGGACAUUCUGACAUCACCAGCUGAAGCCCUACAUCUCGGUGCAGAAGAGAAAGUGUCAACUGUGUGCAGCAUGGGGGGAGUGGAGGGCGUGGGUGGUGGAGGAAGAGGGUUAAGAAAACUAGUGGGGCCCCCUUGCUGCCCCUUGCCUAUGGCACACAUAUUCCUGCCUUGCUCCCUCAUUUCCCCUUUUCCCCCCGCCUUCGAAAGCCCUCCCCAAAAUGUGUCACUUGAUUUGGAUAUAUUCAACCAGUAAUUGAAUCCCACCUUUACCAAAACACGUUCUCUAACCCCCGGCCCUUCACUGAUCUUGCUUAUCCCUGGUCUCACGCAGCAGUUGUGGUCAAUAUUGUGGUAGUCGCUAAUUGUACUGGUUUAAGUGUGCAUUAGUAGUGUCUCCCCAGCUAGAUUGUAAGCUCCUGGAGACAGGGACCACCUCCACCAAAAAUAAAAAAAUGGACCUCUCCUGUCUUGUAGUGUCCUAGGACCCUGCAGGGCAGUGGGGGUGCACCAAAAAGUU